UCUACGUAACCAGAGGAAACAAAGCGGCCAACGGCAACCGGCGAGACAAGCAAGCAGCAGAGAGAGAGAGAGAGCAAUGGACGCAGGCGAGGUGCGGCACUGGAACGCGGACGUCAACGGCGUCUCUAUCCACGUCGCCGAGCGGGGCCCCGAGGAUGGGCCGGCGGUGCUCCUCCUCCACGGCUUUCCGGAGCUCUGGCUCUCGUGGCGCCACCAGAUGGCCGCGCUCGCCGCCCGCGGGUUCCGCGCGCUGGCCCCCGACCUCCGCGGCUACGGCGACUCCUCCGCGCCGUCCGACCCCGCCGCCUACUCCAUCUUCCACAUCGUCGGCGACGUCGUCGCGCUCCUUGAGCACCUCCAACUCACAAAGGUGUUCGUGGUUGGGCAUGACUGGGGCGCGCAGGUGGCGUGGCACCUCUGCCUGUUCCGGCCGGACCUGGUGCGCGCCGCCGUCGUUCUGGGGGUACCGUACUUCGCUCGUCACCCUCGCCCGGUCAUGGAGGUCUUCGCAGCGUUUGGCGAUGGCUUUUACAUAAACCAGUUCCAGGAGCCUGGAAGAGCUGAAAGCUCAUUUGCUCGUUAUGAUGUGGCGACUGUCCUAAAAAAGUUCUAUUCCAUUGAAAUAGAUAAUCUCAGUGCUCCUUCUGGAGUGGAGAUCAUAGACUUUCUCGAGGCAUCUCCCUCACCACUUCCUUGGAUCAGUGAGGAAGAACUAGGCCAAUAUGCUGAAAAGUUUCAGAAGUCUGGGUUCACUGCGCCCCUCAACUACUACCGCAUGUGGGAGACGAAUUGGAGGCUUCUUGCACCCUGGAACGGAGCCAAGAUUACAGUCCCUGUGAAGUUCAUAGGUGGUGAUAAGGACAUCGGUGUCCAGUCCUUUGGGACUGAGAAGUACAUCAACAGCGGGGCAUUCAAGUCCAUUGUUCCAGAUCUUGAAGUCACCGUCAUUGAAGGCCACCAUUUUCUCCAGCAAGAGCAGGCCGAGAGGGUGAAUUCGGAGAUGAUUUCCUACCUCGUCAAGUUUACUAGCCAGGAGGCAUCAACGAGCCAGGAGGUUCAGAUAAUUUGUAUUUAUGCAAGUCACCGUGAGCAGGUAGCGCGUCAAGCAGAGCAGCAAAGCAUGGAGGUUGAGGCCGACGCCGAGGUGCGGCACUGGACCGCGGAUGUCAACGGCAUUUCGCUCCACGUCGCCGAGCGCGGCCCCGCCGACGGGCCGGCGGUCCUCCUCAUCCACGGCUUCCCUGAGCUCUGGCUCUCCUGGCGCCACCAGAUGGCCGCGCUCGCCGCCCGCGGCUUCCGCGCGCUGGCCCCCGACCUCCGUGGUUACGGCGACUCGUCCGUGCCCACCGACCCCGCCGCCUACUCCAUCCUCCACAUCGUCGGCGACUUGGUUGCGCUCCUUGACCACCUCCAACUCACAAAGGUGUUCGUGGUUGGGCAUGACUGGGGCGCGCAGGUGGCGUGGCACCUCUGCCUGUUCCGGCCGGACCGGGUGCGCGCCGCCGUUGUCCUGGGGAUUCCCUACUUCCCGCGCGGCUCUCGCCCGUUGACGGACAGAUUUGUCCCGCUCGGUGAUGGCUAUUACAUCAAUCAGUUCCUGGAGCCAGGGAGAACUGAAAGGGCAUUUGCUCGCUAUGAUGUUGCUACAGUCCUAAAGAAGUUCUACGCCAUGGAAAUCGAUGAGAUACUUGCUCCUCCUGGGGUAGAGAUCAUAGACUUUCUUCAGGCACCUUCGUCGCCAAUUCCCUGGAUGACAGAUGAAGAACUGGGACAGUUUGCCGAAAAGUUUGAGAAGACUGGCUUCACAGGACCCCUCAACUACUACCGCAUGCUUGUAACAAACUGGAGACUCACUGCACCUUGGAGUGGAUCGAAAAUCACAGUGCCUGCAAAAUUCAUACUCAGCAAGAACGACGUUGGUCUGCAGUCCUUUGGAACUGAGGAGUACGUCAAGAGUGGCGGUUUAAAGGAGAAUGUUCCAGAUCUUGAGGUUUCAAUCAUUGAGGGACACCAUUUCGUCCAGCAAGAAGAGGCCGAGAGUGUGAAUUCGGAAAUACUGUCCUUCCUUAACAAGUUUGCCACCGAGGGAGGAUCAGCAUGAUGUAAUUGUUUCCAGUCAGUCCUGAGAUAGUGAGAGGAAGAUGGCCUCAGAUCUGAGUGUGACUGAAAGCUUUUCCAAACUGAAAAUGCAAGGUCAAGCUGAUAUCUUGAUGUAAAACAGUUUGUGAUUGAAUAAAGUGAGAGCUGAGUGGAAGCCAUAUGUUGGCUUGCAUUUAGGGAUAAAAUAAAGAGCAUGCAUGUAAAACAGUUUAUGAUUAAAUAAUCGUGUGCUGUACUCUCCUUUUCAAAUUAUAAGAAUGUUUUUGUUCUUUUCUGGAUAAA